AUGCAAGCCCAUCUUGGAGCAGACAUAGGAGUCUCUAACACAGGAGCUGAUCUUGGACCAGUAGGCAAAGAUGAUGAAACUGAUGAGGGCGGCAAUGAUGAAGAACAUGGUGAAGAGUUAAAACCAGAGAAGUACGAUGUUGCGGUUGAAGGUGCAGCAUUCGAGGAUGGAAAGACUCCUAGCAUUUGGGAUACCUUUGCUCACUCUGGAAGAUUCGGUGAGAACAAUGGGGACAUAGCCUGUGAUGGGUGUCACAAAUAUAAGGAAGAUGUCCAACUCAUGAUGGAUACAGGCUUAGGAGCCUUUCGAUUUUCCAUCUCAUGCUCUAGGGUUAUACCGAAUGGAAGAGGACCUGUUAAUCCGAAGGGAGUACACUACUAUAACAGCCUAAUCAAUGAACUGCUUAGCCAUGGAAUUCAGCCAUAUGUUACGCUAUUCCAUUAUGAUGUCCCUCAGGCACUUGAAGAUGAGUAUGGAGGAUGGCUUAGCCAAAAAAUUGUGAAAGAUUUCACAGCAUAUGUAGAUGUGUGCUUCAGAGAAUUUGGUGAUCGAGUAUCAUAUUGGACUACCAUGAAUGAGGCCAAUGCGUUUGUUUUGGGAGGGUGUGAUUCAGGUAUAUUUCCUCCAGGCCGUUGUUCUUCCCCAUUUGGUCUCAAUUGCACAAGAGGCAGCUUGACAACAGAGCCUUACAUCGCCACACAUAAUAUCUUGCUGGCUCAUGCAUCAGCCACGAGAUUGUACAAGGAGAAGUACCAGGCCAAGCAAAAUGGAUUUGUCGGUCUCAAUUUCUUAACCUAUGGGAUGGUUCCUUUGACAAACUCCACAGAGGAUUUGAGAGCUGCUCAAAGGGUCCAUGACUUCUUUCAUGUUUUUGGAGACUAUCCUGAAUCUAUGAAGAAGAAUGUUGGCUCAAGGCUCCCUGUUUUCACCCCACACCAAUCAAAACUAGUGAAAGGCUCAUGUGAUUUCUUUGGACUGAACCACUAUAGAACAGUGCAUAUCAAGGAUGAUCCGGACAGUCUCAAAAUGAUUGAAAGAGAUUUCCUGGAAGACAAGGCUGCAAAGAUGUUAUCUAAGCAGGGUCCUUCACCAAAUGUUCAGUUUUCUAUUGAUCGUGUUGGUCUGCAAAGUGUGUUAGAGCAUCUGAAGCAAGAUUAUGGCAACCCACCUGUUUUCAUUCAUGAAAAUGGUCAAAUGACAUCCCAAAAUGCUUCAUUGAAUAACACAUCAAGAGUGGAAUAUUUAGAAGCUUUCAUUGGAGGAUUGCUUCAGGCCAUGAGAAAUGGUUCGGAUACUAGAGGGUAUUUUGUUUGGUCCUUCAUGGAUGUAUUUGAAUUAUUUGAUGGCUUCAGAUCUGCAUUUGGCCUGUAUUACAUAGACUUUGAUGAUCCGGAUUUGAAGAGAUACGCUAAGUUCUCUGCACACUGGUACUCCAACUUUCUCAAGGGAAGAAGGAUGAAUCAGUACCUAUGGGAUCAUUGAAGCACUCUGCAGUCUAUCUU